AAAAUGAAGAAGCGUGUGGCGGUUUGUUGUAGUCCAUUGUUGGUGGCUUUGUGGGCGGCGGCGGUGGUGUGUUGGGCUCCAUUGUUGGAAGCUAGCAUGGAAGCAGAGGAGCUUCACCUUCCCGGUGGGGUUUACGGGCCAGAAAGCAUCGCCUUCGACUGCCGUGGAGAAGGGCCGUACGCCGGCGUGUCCGACGGCAGAAUCCUGAAGUGGAAAGGUCCUGCUUUGGGCUGGACUCUCUUUGCUGUUACCUCACCCAACAGGGAGGGAAAAGAAUGCAAUGGGGAGCCGGAAACUGAGCCGGCGUGUGGAAGACCAUUAGGGCUAAAAUUCGACCAUUCAUCAAGCUCAAGCUCAAGCUCAAGCUGUGAGCUUUACAUAGCGGAUGCCUAUUAUGGCCUUUUGGCUGUCGGACCCCACGGCGGCUUGGCUCGUCAGCUUGCCUCUUCUGCCCACGGCGUCCCACUCCGCUUCACUAAUGCUCUCGAUAUCGACUCUCAAAACGCCGCCGUUUAUUUCACGGAUAGCAGCACCUUGUUCCAAAGAAGGGUUUGGGUGUCAUCUAUAAUGAAAGGAGACAAGACCGGGAGGCUAUUGAAGUACGAUUUACGCACCAAAAAUGUCACCGUAUUGCUCAACGGUCUUGCUUUCCCAAAUGGCGUCGCUUUGAGCACCAAUUCUUCCUUCCUUAUAAUGGCUGAAACCGGUACUCUUCGAAUCUUAAAGUUCUGGUUAAAGGGUCCCAAAACUCAUACCGCGGAGAUAUUUGCGGAGCUCGAACGGUUCCCAGACAACAUAAAGAGGACUAACAAUGGCGACUUUUGGAUCGCUAUGAACACUGCAAGAGGGAAGCUCGAAACUCAGACAUGGACGGGGGAAAGUCGGGGAGUAACAUUGCAGCACGGCGAGGUGAAGAUCCCGUGGCUUCGGGGCGAUCCAGUGGCGGUGAAAUUAGACGAGAGGGGGGCAGUGAAAGGGAUGCUUGAUGGGGGGGAUGGGCAAGCACUGGAGUCGGUGAGUGAGGUUGAAGAAAGUAGAGGGAGGCUGUGGAUUGGCUCUGCUGUUAAGCCAUAUAUUGGUUUAAUUAUCAAUGGAUAGAACAUUGAGAAGUAUUAAUAUUGAAAAGAAAAGGAAUUGUAUCAACGUUUGUAUAAAGUUCUUCCAAGAAGAUUGGGAAUUUGGUUUGUAACAAAACCCAACUGGUAAAGGGGAUCUAUAGUUCAUAAGUGUUUUCUGGUGUCGUUUUUCCUAGAAAGAAGACCUAUAAAGGGUCGUUUAUGUCUGAAUAUAAGAUGUAUGAUGAUAAUGUUUGAUAUUGCAUGGAAACUGUUGGGCACAUUGCACUCGAAGAAUUUUUAUAUCCUUUAUAGGUAGCAAUCACAUGUUCUAAUCCAUUCCCUCAAAGUUUAUGUACUUUCUCGGUAGUCCCACAACUACCAUAGCUUGGUAUGAGGAUAGAAAUUUACACCGAAGUUUGGAUUCCACGACUAAGGCUGACUUUGACAGAUUUUAGGAAGUGAGUAGUUUUGUUGUGGCGUUUGAGGCAUCGUAAGUUGAUGUUGGAUGCCCAGUCUACUCGCAUAAAUUCUCAAAUUCUUGCA